UAGAUGUCCAUAUACGCCUUCGAUUUUAAUCUCUCCAGAUUAUUCAACCCUUUUCUGAGUUGAGGUCCGAUUCUCUCUUACUAUUUUUCUUCAUCGACGCCCUUUUGCGGAAACGGUUCGUCAAGAUUAAAAUCCCACAUCUCAAUCACACAUCGACGUAUAAUCUCCUUGAAUAUACCGACACAGUUUCUUUGACAAUCGAAUACGGAGUCACCAGAUCUAUUACCUUUGCUAAUCAGGAGGAACCAUGUCUUCUGCACGGAAUUAUCGUUCACAGGGUGGCACAUCCGGUCGUGACUACAGGUCUUCUUUCAGUAGGACUCAUUCUUCCUCCUCCAUCACAACCACCAACAAUAGCAACCAUUGGUUAAGGAACCUUGCCAAUUUCAAUGACUUCUCUUGGAGUUUUAGGGAGAAUAACUAUAACAUUAAUUAUGUUAAGCUUGAUGUGGCGCCUUCUUUGAAACGGAGAAAGUUUACGGCUUCUUCAUGGGAAGAUGGUAGGAGACAAUAUAAACAACCCAAAACUUAUGAAAGUGACCUUUCAAACUGCUACAACAGUUUAGUUGUUCCUGCUCCUACAAGAUCCAACGCUGAUGUCUACACACGUACAACUUGUAAACGUGACCGCUCAACAUUUGAGGAUGAUGUUGUUGUUUUUAUGUCAAGGGAUGAAAUUGAAAGAUGCUCCCCAUCGAGGAAAGAUGGUAUUGACGCUCUGCGUGAAACACAUUUGCGAUACUCCUAUUGCUCUUUCCUUCAGAAUUUGGGAUCACAGCUGGAGUUGCCACAAACCACUAUAGGCACUGCCAUGGUUCUUUGCCACCGCUUUUUUGUUCGAAGGUCUCAUGCUUGUCAUGAUAGAUUUUUGAUUGCUACUGCUGCGCUUUUCCUUGCUGCAAAGUAUGAAGAGACACCCCGCCCUCUGAACAAUGUAUUGAGAGCAUCAUGUGAAACUUUCCACAAACGGGAUCUUACUUUUCUCUCCUAUCCGCUCCCUGUUAUCUCUGACUUGGCCAAACCACAUUGUAGAAGUCAACUUUUAAUUAUUCAGCUUAAAAUGGACUGGUUUGAACAGUAUCGAGAACGGGUGAUCGAGGCUGAGCAAAUGAUAUUGACAACUCUAAAUUUUGACCUUAAUGUGCAACAUCCAUAUGUGCCCCUUACAUCCAUUCUUAACAAGUUUGGCCUCUCACAAUCAGUUUUGGUGAAUCUGGCACUGAGCUUGAUCAGUGAAGGGGUGUGUACAAGAUUAGCAUGCGCCUGUAUGAUAUUCUUAGCUGGCGGAUUGAUAUGGUGUUCAUGGAAAGUUUUGUUUUACUUCUGAAGUUGAACUAGCAACGUGUUGUGGAUGCCUUUCCAUGAAUAUACAUUAUUAACUUGGUCAUUGGUUAUAGAAGAUGGGCACAGACGCUCCAGGACCAGCCAGUGUUGCUAUCUCAGGGACACUGCUAAAUAUUUAUAUUAUUCAAUAUUUUUAAUUUAUUUUGAAAAGUAAAAUAAUAUCUUUAUUUAACUUAGUGUUUAAUAUAGGCAUUUCACUCAUUUUGAAGUAAUAAUAUAAUAAUUAACUUAUUAGAUAUGAUUUUUAGUUGCAUAUCCACCCACAAAAGAGUCAAGACACAUCCCAUACUCAUGUUGAGUCUUUUGUGUCUGACACUGAUACUUCACCUACUUUUGAAGAGUCCAUGUAACAUAGAUCUAGAUACUAAUGAGUAGGCAAAUGAAUCUAGAAAAAAAAAGGCGUUGAUCUUUUUUUUUUUUUUUCCCUUCACCAAAAUUUUGUGAAGAGGGAUUGGUUUUCAGGUUGUCUUUGAAUUUUUGUUUUUCAAAUUGUAUUGUCAGAAUGUUUCCAAACUAAUGCCUUGUAUAAUUUAAAAUUUCAGGUUUGGGUCAAUAUUUUGAAAAUGUUUCAGCUGAUAUUGAUUAGCACCAAAACAUUAUCAAAUGAGAUUAAUAUUUAGAAAGGCAUUCCUUUUGCACCUGCAAAUGGAACAAGCAAACCUAAAAGGUUUAUUAUUGUCAUAUUGUGUUUAGCUUUAGCAGAAAUAGGAUGCAAAAUUUUAAAAGACCCCUCAGAAGAAGAAAAGCGAGGAAAAGCGAGGGAAAAAAAAAACUGCACAAGUCCUUUUCAUCAUUCUUGUUUUGGCCAGUCACAUCUACAAUAGCACUGUCAAUCCUUGUACAUUAUAUAUAUAUAUAUAUAUACAUAUUUAUAUAUAUUUAUGUUGAUAUUCAUCCUUUUCACUGGUUAUGAAAAGGAAAAUUUAUCAGUUUUUACGUCUUGAUAUCCCUUUUGUUUUCCCACGAUUAUUGCUCAGAAUGAACCUUGAAGUGUAACUCUUACACACACACACACACACACAAUAUAUAUAUAUAUAAUAUAAUAUCACAGUUUUGCACCCAGACAAACGAACAUGUGAUGGUCCCUGCGUGGUGGGCGCAAAUUUGGUUUUACCCGUGUAUUCCCCCUACUUCAGUUGACCUUUAUAGUGCCCAAUUAUCUAUACUUAAGACUAUGAAUUUGAAAUUAUUAUUAUUUUAUUUCAUGGCUGAUAACUCACACACCCCGCUUUGACCCUAAGGGAAUUGAAUGCUCAACCUCCACGUUGUGAGGUAGUGGACCGUUGGUUACAUCUAUUGGUGGUGAAUAAGAACUUAUUAGUGGGUUCUCGUUUUGACCCCUAAUUAGUUUGAAUGUUUUAAAGUCAGUGUAGUAGUUGGGAUCAUAAAUGAUAUCAUCCUUUUAGGGCCUGUUUACUAACAAGAAGUAAUUUCUGUUUUCUACUAUCAACUCUAAAAAAGCAGAAAUAAAAGUAAAUAAAAUUGAUUCUGAUUUCUAAAAAGAGAAAGUGAAAUCAGUUUUAAUGAAGAACGUGAAAAGUGACUUUUUGAUGCUUUCUAUACUUUCUGCACUGUAGCGGGAAAUUGAUUCCUACACUGUUACCACACAGGCCACUGUUCAUCCCAAAUAAGUUGUGCGUGAGUUGCUGUCUUGUUUAUAACAUCUCUCUUCUCUCUAUGCUCGCCACUCUUAUCUUAUCUACACUCUCUUCGAACCAUAUCUCAUCCCUGAAUCCACCAUGGAUGACACCACCGAAGGCUUAUGGUUGUUCUUCAAGGCUUCUCAUUUCGAACCCACCAUAUCUCCAUCUGCCCAAACUCUUCUACCCAUCAAAUUUAAGCCUUUGCGUCUCUAUUACUAAUCACCAUAAUCGAACCCAGAUCAAGGCAAGCCACUUCUGUAACACCCAUAGUGGAAUCUUCAAAAUCUUUGAUCACGUUCUUUGGUAAUGCACUACCAUUUGUGACCACCCAAAUUGUGGAUACUUGGGAAGUAUUUGAAACCACCCAAAUUGAGGAUAAGUGGGAAGAAUUUGAAACCACCCCAAUUGAAUGCAAUUUGAAUUUGAUUUGGUGGAAUUCAAUCUGGAGAGCUAAUGUCACAUAUGGAGAGUAUGAAGAGAGUCUCUGUGUUUACCAUCGGAUGCGAAAUUGGGGUUGGGGCUGAUGGGUUUACUUUUCCUUUCAUUGUAAAGGCUUGCGCAAUGAUGGGAGAAUCUGAAAUCUGCAGGAAUGUUAAUACUCAUGUUUUGCAUUAGGGAUUUGAACACAAUCUUCAUGUGAUGAAUGAACUGAUGGGUAUGAAUAGGAAGGUUGGACAAAUGGACGAUGCACAUCAGCAUUUUGAUAAAAAGAUUGUUAGGUAGCUUGCAAUUUGUUCAAUUAGUCUUCCCCUUAUAUGUUCUUACAAUCCCCUUCUUUCAUUAAUGGAGUUGUGUCUACAAAAAUUUUAGGCUUAGUGUUGACAUGAUCAUACCAAUACUUGGUUGUGGUAUAAGGGUUUCUCCAAUUGAUUAGAGUUCAAAUUAUCCAAACACUACUUUGAUAGCACUUUUAACUUCUUAUUAUAAGGUUUGAUACGUGAAAUUUUAAUUAUUUAACAAAUAAAAUUUAAGUAUUUCAAGUCUUUAAAUACAACUUAAGAAAUUUUGACCAUGCCCCCAAUUCAAGAAAUAAAAGCAAAAACACAUUUUUUAUUAAACACACUCUUUUUUGCUUUUAAAUUUAUGAAAGUAGUCAGCAUUAACCUGAUUUUACUUUCUGUUUCAACCCAAGAAAUCAAAAUUAUGAUUUUGCUUUUGGGAAAAGUAAAAGUAGGAAUUACUUCCUGUUAGUAAAUGGGUCCUUAAUGUAUUAAAAGUUUCCAGUUUCCACUAUUUAGCUAUUCCCUUGAAUUAUUUCUAAUAAUCAUUUUCAUGUUUCUCUUUUCAUUUCAGUUUUCUUUCAUUUGCUAAUUCCCUCUCUCCCACGCCUCCACACCAGAAUAGAUGCCAUUGUUUUUCUCAAUAUAUCCUUUUAAAUUUUGUUGGUCAUUAUAUUUUGGCAUUUUGUUAUAUAUAAAAUAACAUAUAUCCAUAUAUACAUCAAGUUCUUAUAUAGGUAUACUCAGCUUUGGUUGUCCUUAUUAUUGUUUGAGUUCUCGUUCACGUUCAGUGUCCAAGUUUUGCCAAUAUUUCUGGGACGUAACUCUGGUUUACUUGAAGUAAGUGAUCUCCUGAGCAGCAGCACUUGUUUUG